AUGGCGCACAGUAACAACAAAAUGUCGACACCGCUUUCACCUGUAGCUUCGUCAAGCUCUCGACGAAAAAAAUCACAAGUGUUGAAGCCCAUGCCGCCGCUGAGAAUUGGUAUGGUUGGUGGUGGCACCAUCGGCGGUGGUGUCUACGAACUCAUCAUGGGACGACUGAAGGAAGAACGACCCUAUUCACCACGAUCCUCUUCCAAGCAUUCGAAACAGUCACAAGUCUGCCGAAAGAGACCCCUGUGGAUCACCAAAGUGUGUGUAAAGGAUCUUUCGAAACCACGAAGCUUUCAUUUGGACGAAGAAAUUACCACAAUGACGACCAAUGUCGAUAGCAUUCUGAAUGAUCCCAACAUUGAUAUGGUGGUUGAAGUCAUGGGAGGGACUGGGCUGGCCAAGAAAGUAGUAGAAGAAGGCUUGAUGAAGGGAAAGAUGGUGGUCACGGCCAACAAGGCCUUGCUCGCUAAUCAUUUGGAAAGUAUCCAAGGAUUGGUGAAUCAAAUACAAGAAGCACAGGACAAACAGCUCUUGCAACAUCAGCAGGAACAGCAACUAUACAUGUACAAUAUGCCUCUCCCAGUAGCUUCAUGUUUUGGAUUCGAGGCCGCUGUCUGUGCCGGGAUCCCAAUCAUUCAUACGCUGCAGACGUGUUAUGCCGGAGAUGUGAUUCAUCAAAUUCAAGGAAUCUGCAACGGUACUACCAACUACAUUUUGGAAAAGAUGAAAAAUGGAGCUAGCAUGGAAGAAGCUCUGCUAGAAACGCAAGACUUGGGUUAUGCGGAAGAGGAUCCUAACGAAGACAUUGAAGGUUUUGACGUCCGCGUCAAAAUAUGUCUCCUUGCCAAGUUGGCCUUUGGUUUGACAGUUCCAGUCCAAGAUGUCCCCUGCCGAGGCAUUACUCUAUUAGAAAGAAUCGACUUUGAAUACGCCAAAGUACUGGGCUGUACCAUCAAACUGGUUGGGACCGCCCAACGAUUGCACGAGGCUCGCGAAUGGGAUGGACCGCUUUCGGUCUACGUCAGCCCCCUCAUGGUGCCAAAAGAUCAUGUUUUGGCUCGGAUUUCAUCCCAUGGCAACGCAGUGGCCAUUACUUCCGCGAAUAUGGGGACUUGUUCUUACCUUGGUCCCGGAGCUGGUCGGUUCCCCACUGCCAACUCUGUCGUUGCUGAUAUUUGUAGAAUAGCAGACGGACAACAAGGACCGGCCUUUCCCAUUGAAGCACCGCCGCAUUUAGAGUUGGAUUUGGACUACAUUGCCAUUUUUUACAUUCGAAUUCCCUUUCAAGAUGGUUUGGGUAUCAUCAAGCGAGUGGGAGAACUGUCCGAAGACUGCGGGGUCAGCAUCCAUUCCAUACUUCAAACGCCGAUUAUGGAUCGUAUGUCGGCUGAUUUUUGCGUGACAACCGAAGAAUGCAAGGUUAGUCAAGUGGAAGAUUUGUGUGAAGCCAUUAAUCAACAGGUAGACUUCUGUCGGGCGCCGUGCGUGUACAUGCCAAUGAUGAGAGAAAUUUACUACUGA